AUGAGUACUUCCUCACUUGCCAUUUUCUUGUUUGCGUUGAGUUGUGUCUAUGCACAAUAUCCAUUUGGUAGGGGAGGUUGUGGAGGAUGUCCCACACCAUUGUGUCAACCUAGAAUGCCAUGCGCCGCUCCGAUGCCCAUGCCCAUGCCAAUGCCAGUUUGUCCACCACCUCCACCAUGUCCAGCUCAAUUCUGCCCACCUCCACCAAUUUGCCCACCACCUCCACCGGCACCAAUGCCAUGCCCACCACCACCUCCACCGAUGCCCCGACCAAGUUGCCCAUGUAUGCAACAACGGCCAUUCUACCCAUCCUACGUUCCACAGUACUACCCACAACCAAUGUACCAACAACCGAUGCCAAUGCCAAUGGGUGGCGGAUGCAGCGGAGGUGCUGUUGUUCCAGCAGUCAGAAUUCCCGCUCAGAACGAUUGCUGCUGUGGAUGUUCCUCACCAUGCAAGUACAAGAGUGUGAGACGCGCUGCGUUUGCUGCCAAGACGGUGGAUCCAUCUUGCAAUAGUUCAGAACUAAAAAACAUCAUUCUUGACAACAUUAUCGAAGAUGCUAGUGAAUCGAAACGAACCAUCCAGAAGAUUGCUGAAGAACAGUUGGGACACGAGGUUAAUGUGAUUUGUGGAACCGGAGAAUUCAGCUACAUUGCUCAUACUGAUACAUUCUGUCAGGCGUUUAAGGAAAAUGUGACAUGUUAUGCUUUCAAGCCACUAUAA